CUUACACACUGUCCCCUGUUACAACUGACCCCAGUCUCCCCUGGUGAAAAGGUUUAACAGCAUUACUUCUCAGACCAGGAGUAAACAUGAGAUUUAAACCAUUCUGUGGCUGAACUGGGAAACAUCUCCAGAGCACCUCAGCAGAUCUGUCUGUCUGUCUGUCUGCAGGCUAAGAGCUCGAGCCAAUUCAUCGGGAAUCUUGCGAACACGGUGGAAGCUGUUUCUCAGGAAGAGAAAAACACGGGAUGUGACUCGGACUCGGAAUACAAGCCUUUCAUCCUCCAAGCUUAUGGGAAGUUUCUUUCAAGCCCGUGGCAUCUGCUGCGCGUGAGCUUUUCAUGUCCACUGGAGACCAGCCCGUUCUGUAGCGUCGGGAAAAGUCUCGGGUUUUUACUCCUGAUUUUUUAUAUAACACACCGGAGAGGACGGAGAGAGCAGAGCUUUGAUUUGCGUAAACUCCGAUUUUGGUUGACUGCAUCGAUGGCGAGAAAUUUCAUUAGGGAAAAUGGAACUUUUUUGAGGAGGAUGGACCCACCGAGGAAAGCCACUUGGUCACCAGACAAUGGGAUUACGUUGAGACGGCAGCGCUCGUGCUGUUCCGGCCUGAAAAUGUUCCUUGUAGCUUUGUCCUUUGCAUACUUUUCAAAGGCUUUAUCUGGGAGCUAUAUGAAAAGCACAAUAACUCAGCUGGAGCGGCGCUUUGACAUCCCCAGUUACUUAAUAGGCAUCAUUGAUGGCAGCUUUGAAAUAGGUAACUUGCUGGUUAUUGCCUUUGUCAGUUACUUUGGUGCCAAGCUUCACCGACCAAAAAUCAUUGCCACUGGAUGUCUUCUGAUGUCACUGGGGACAUUCCUAAUUGCACUCCCUCAUUUUAUUAUUGGACGAUAUAAGUUUGAAACAUCAGUUAGAUCUUCAGCGAACUCAACACAUAACGUCACGCCGUGUCCAGCCAGUCCACCUAGAAUGCUGUCUGUGGGGACCCACCCCUCUGCAGUGUUGAACACAGGUUGUGAGAAUGAGUCCAGGUUAUCCAUGUGGAUCUAUGUGUUGCUGGGGAACAUCCUGCGUGGAAUUGGUGAAACUCCUGUACAGCCUUUGGGAAUUUCAUACAUAGAUGAUCAUGCUCUGGAGGAAAAUGCUGCCUUCUACAUUGGGUUUGUUCAGACAAUAUCGGUCAUCGGUCCAGUGUUUGGCUACCUGCUUGGAUCUCUUUGUGCAAAGUUAUAUGUGGACAUUGGCUUUGUCAACAUGGAGGGUAUUACAAUCACACCAGGAGAUGCCCGCUGGGUGGGUGCAUGGUGGCUGGGGUACCUGAUAGCAGGCCUCAUCACACUGCUGUCCGCUGUACCUCUGUGGUUCAUGCCCAAGUCUCUCCCUGUAUUAGAGGGUCAACUGUCCAAGUGCUCUGCUGAGCAGACCAAUUUUAUCAAAGACUCGCAUGUGGUACACCACAAAUGCCAGGCAGACAAAGCUACCAGCUUUGUAGAACUGGCCAAAGAUUUUUUGCCAACACUGAGAUCACUGCUGGGGAACCCCGUCUACGUUUUGUACCUGUGUGUAACGAUCAUCCAGUUUAAUUCUUUAAUAGGCAUGGUCACAUAUAAACCUAAAUACAUAGAGCAACAUUAUGGGCAGUCAGCAUCCAAAGCCAACUUUCUGAUGGGAAUGAUCAACAUCCCAGCUGUUGCUUUAGGAAUGUUCUCAGGAGGAGUGGUCAUGAAGAAGUUUAAGUUGGGCAUCAUGGGAGCUGCCAAGUUUGCACUGGGAACAUCUUUGUUGGGCUACUUCCUCUCGCUGUUCUUCUUCGCCUUGGGCUGUGAGAAUGCGAGGGUGGCUGGUAUCACCGUGUCAUAUGACGGGUCAGAGGAUAUCUCCAUUGAGCAGAGAUCUCUCUUUGUGAGCUGUAAUGCGAACUGUCAGUGCUCGGAGACCGAAUGGGACCCGGUGUGCGGUGAGAACGGUCUCACGUACGUCUCGGCCUGCCUGGCUGGGUGCCGGACAUCUCGAGGCUCUGGAGUGGACAUGACAUUUGAACAGUGCAGCUGUGUGUCAGGGGGAAACCUGACCGCCUCUGUGGGGCAGUGUCGACACAGGGAGAGCUGCCAGCAAGUAUUCCCCUACUUCCUGGCUUUGUCCGUCAUCACUUCCUUUAUCAUAUCUCUGGGUGGAACUCCAGGAUACAUGCUGCUCAUCAGGUGCAUCAAGCCAGAGCUGAAGUCCCUUGCGUUAGGAUUUCACACCUUAAUAACACGCACUCUAGCCGGUAUCCCAGCUCCGAUAUACUACGGAGCCAUCAUUGACACCACGUGUCUGAAAUGGGGCCAUAAGAAGUGUGGAGGAAAAGGAGCAUGUAGAAUCUACAACACCACGGCCUACAGGAUAGCGUAUCUGGGGCUCACGCUGGGCCUCAGGACGGCCUCGUUCUUCCUGUGUGCACUGGGUCUGCUGGUCCUGCAGUGGCACGUGAAGAAGCAGAAGAGCAGAACGCUGCUGAACGGAAACACCGGGACAGAGCUGCAAGCACUGAGAAAAGAGGAAGUCAGCAACUCGGAUCAGUCUCCACGGACCUCAGAUUAUGACCCUGACAGGGAGACACGCUUGUGACAAUUCUGUUAUUUUAGAGCAUUAAAAAAAAUCUACUGAACAAUGUGAAGUACAGAACUCUGCUAUUUUGACAUUGGAAUGUACAUGUUUGUAGGUAAAAGAAAAAUUGGGGGAAGAUUUCUUUUUCUUUUUUUAAAUUAUCUCAAUGUUAAUUAUGGAAAAGCUUACUUUUUAAACAGGAAAGCAAAAAGUCUUAUUUUUGUCUGUAUUUUUCUAAAUGGAAUACACCACCGUGUGUGUGUACUGGAGUGUGGUGAAUUAAAAUGACCUUCCUGCUUUUACUGGACAGUAAUUCA